AUGGCGCCUACAACCCGUGUUCCUAAAUGCCAAAUUAUCCGGCCUAUUGUAGUAGGAAAUGUUGCUAUGCCUUUGGGAGACAGAAAAAAACCAGAUUCUGACCAUACACACUCAUGGACAGUAUCAGUAAGGGGUGUAUAUAAUGAGGAUUUGUCAUAUUUUAUUAAAAAAGUAGUUUUUAAGUUACAUGACACCUAUCCGAAUGCUACAAGAAGUAUCAAAAAAAAAGUAUUAAGCAGAGAAAUUAAGAUAGUUUUAGCAAUUGACCAGAGCCCCUUUGAAGUUUCAGAGACAGGAUGGGGUGAAUUUGAUAUUGCUAUUCGUAUUUAUUUUGUACCAGAGGCAGCAGAAAAAAGUAUUAGUCUUUUUCAUCAUUUAAAACUGCAUCCUUAUGGUCCAAAUUCUGAAACAAUACGGGAACAAGGUCUUUCUGUAACAAGUUAUCAGUAUGAUGAAAUAAUAUUUAACGAACCUACUGAAGCUAUGUAUGAAAUUCUAACAACACAUUCACGGGCUGUUCUUCCAUUGGAUCGUACACCUUCUAAUCCAUUUAGUCAAAGAACUGAACAAGAAGAACUAGAUCGGCUAGAACUAGCAUUAAGGAAAGUAGAAGAGAUGACAAAAGAAUAUAAAGAUAAAAUAAUUCAACUAGAAAAAACAAGUACGAAAAAUGCAGUAACUUAA